AUGGAUAUUGCUGCUCGAAGUGAUAUAGGGUUGUACAGUCCGCCUGGAGCUCAACGUGAUAUAUGGGUGUACAGUCCGUCUGAAGAUCAAAGAGAUAUAGGGGUGCACAGUCCGCCUGGAGCUCAAAGUGGUAAAGGAGUGUACAGUCCGCCUGGAGUUCAAAGUGGCAUCGACGUGAACAGUCCGCCUGAAGGUCAAAGUGGCAUACAAGUGAACAGUCCGCCUGAAGUUCAGAGAGGCAUACAAGUGAACAGUCCGCCUGAAGUUCAGAGAGGCAUACAAGUGAACAGUCCGCCUGAAGUUCAGAGAGGCAUACAAGUGAACAGUCCGCCUGAAGUUCAGAGAGGCAUACAAGUGAACAGUCCGCCUGAAGUUCAGAGAGGCAUACAAGUGAACAGUCCGCCUGAAGGUCAAAGUGGCAUCGAAGUGAACAGUCCGCCUGAAGGUCAAAGUGGCAUACAAGUGAACAGUCCGCCUGAAGUUCAGAGAGGCAUACAAGUGAACAGUCCGCCUGAAGUUCAGAGAGGCAUACAAGUGAACAGUCCGCCUGAUGUUCAGAGAGGCAUACAAGUGAACAGUCCGCCUGAAGUUCAGAGUGGCAUACAAGUGAACAGUCCGCCUGAAGGUCAAAGUGGCAUACAAGUGAACAGUCCGCCUGAAGUUCAGAGAGGCAUACAAGUGAACAGUCCGCCUGAAGUUCAGAGAGGCAUACAAGUGAACAGGUCGCCUGAAGUUCAGAGUGGCAUACAAGUGAACAGUCCGCCUGAAGUUCAGAGAGGCAUACAAGUGAACAGUCCGCCUGAAGUUCAGAGAGGCAUACAAGUGAACAGUCCGCCUGAAGUUCAGAGAGGCAUACAAGUGAACAGUCCGCCUGAAGGUCAAAGUGGCAUACAAGUGAACAGUCCGCCUGAAGGUCAAAGUGAUAUGGGAUACUGGUGGAGAGCAUGCCUGCGCAUCCCCGAGUCUAGUCAUUCCGGAGUAUCCGUGUUUGAUCCCCUGCAUAAUCCACAUUGA